CUGUUUAGCAGACGGCCCAAAACUGUUGGAGUUCUAUGAUCGUAAAAUUGGGCCGUUUUGUUAAAUAUUACUAAUGCAGUGUAUGUAAAUAAUUCUGAUAAGAAAUAUAAGUUCGGCUGGAUUUUCCAAACUAUAAAAUGGUUACAUUAAUAAUGAGGAACUUUCGUGUGCUCACAAACCUAGCAUCGGUGGCAGCUCCAAAACGUUGUAUCUCUACAUUUCCUGUGCUCAGGAAUCAACCACAACCACCAGCAUCCAUACCCACGGAAAAAACGGAAGAAACACGACCUACCGUUCGCAAAUUCGACUACAUCGCACGCAGCCAGUUAAAAGACUUUGGUCGUUACGUAGCUGAUUGUGUUCCAAAAUAUGUGCAGAAGGUUCAGCUAACUGCAGGGGAUGAAUUGGAGGUUUUGAUAGCACCGGAAGGAGUACUUCCGGUCUUAUCUUUUCUGAAGGAUCACCAAAAUGCCCAAUUUGUCAACAUAAUAGACAUUACUGCAAUCGAUGUGCCGAACAGACAAUACAGAUUUGAGUUAAUAUACAACCUUCUCUCAUUGCGUUACAAUUCUCGCAUUCGAGUUAAAACUUACACUGAUGAGUUGACACCGAUUGACUCUGCGUGUGACAUAUUCAAAGGCGCUAAUUGGUAUGAACGAGAAAUAUGGGAUAUGUACGGCGUUUUCUUUGCUAACCAUCCUGAUUUAAGAAGAAUUCUUACGGACUAUGGGUUCGAGGGGCAUCCUCUCAGAAAAGAUUUCCCACUCAGUGGAUAUGUUGAGGUGCGUUAUGACGAUGAAAAGAAGAGAGUGGUUGCAGAGCCGCUUGAGUUAACUCAAGAAUUCCGAAGAUUUGAAUUGGCUGCUCCGUGGGAACAAUUUCCAAAUUUCCGAGGUGCGCUUCCAAGCUCUGAGGAAGUACAUACUGAGAAGAAGUAAGCUUUAUUAUAUAUUCUCACUGUCAUAGUCGUUAAAAUAAACGUUUAUUAUUGUCACUGAAAA